UGGUUCUAUUUUGAGAUGCAUUUGCUUUUGUCGGCAAAUAAACUACAAAUCCCAGAACGCUAUUUGCUCUCUUGAUACUUAGUUAAACUCGAUGUAAAGUUGACUGUGUACUGUUAUGUUACAGUGGCAGGCUUGGCCUGACAAGGAAAACAUGCCGUUUAUAUCGAAUAUUCAGCUAAACUCUCACCUGUCUACUCUGGCAAACAUUCACAAGAUUUACCACACACUCAACAGGCUGAAUCUGACAGAAGACUUUAGCCAAGACGAUCACCAGACAGGGAGCCUUCGGUCUUGCAGUUCCUCAGACUGCUAUUCUAAAACAAUGCCACCUAGAAAAAAGAGGAGACCUACGACAGGAGAUGACUUAUCUGCCAAAAAAAGUAGACAUGAUAGCAUGUACAGAAAACAUGAAGCAUCUAGCAUCAAAACUGAAGAAGUUUUCUCAAGUAAAAGAUGUUUGGAGUGGUUUUAUGAAUAUGCAGGUAGCGAUGAUGUUGUAGGUCCUGAAGGCAUGGAAAAGUUUUGUGAAGAUAUUGGAGUUGAACCUGAAAAUGUUGUGAUGCUUGUUCUAGCCUGGAAGCUGGAUGCACAGAACAUGGGUUACUUCACUUUGCAGGAAUGGUUAAAAGGAAUGGGUGCAUUGCAGUGUGAUACAACAGAGAAGUUAAGAAAUUCCCUGGAGUACUUGAGAUCUGUACUGAAUGAGUCAACGCAUUUUAAACUUAUUUACAGAUACGCAUUUGACUUUGCAAGGGAGAAGGACCAAAGGAGCUUAGACAUUAACACUGCCAAAUGUAUGCUGGGUCUUCUGUUGGGAAAAACAUGGCCUCUUUUUCCUGUGUUCAAUCAGUUUUUAGAGCAAUCAAAAUAUAAAGUGAUAAACAAGGACCAGUGGUGCAACGUGUUGGAGUUUAGUAGAACAAUAAACCUUGACCUUAGUAACUAUGAUGAAGACGGAGCCUGGCCAGUCUUGCUGGAUGAAUUUGUGGAAUGGUAUAAAGACAGACAGUCCUAGCACUUAAGAUAUGGCAGCUCAAGAGCCCCUGUUACCACAGCUGUGUCUACCAUUCAGUUAUUGAUUACUGUUCGUAUCAAAGUGCAUGCUGCUUCUUUGCACUGUUUUCCACUUGCAGGGAACAUUGAUGUUCACCAUGCAGCAGGCCAACUAAGCUUAGUGUGGCAUUGUUCCUUGAAGCCUGUUCUACAUUUUGUAAUUACACUACGAGAUGUUGGAACUGCCAACGUUCACACUGUGAUGUGUAUAUCGCCGUCUCUAUUUUGUAACUGUGUAUAAAGAUACUUCAUAUCUAGAUAGAUUUUUUUUGGUUAAUACUUGUAACAAAAGACAGCUAAUAUUUCAGUGACUCUUUGGACUUUCAGUUUAACUUGGGAUCUUCUACCAGGGCACACUGUCAAAACAGAUUAACUCUACAGACACUCAGCGGCUGGAAUUAGAACGUUGGUUACACCUCAGUCCCAUACAAACAAAACACUCUACACCGACCAAAACUUACAGUAACAACCAUUGCGUUUAAAAAAAAGUUUAUUUUUUAGUUUUAAACCAUAAUACCCUCAAACAUCGUAUAUUACUGUCAAGGAGACGACCUCAGCAACCUUAACAUGCUGUAUUUUACCAGGAAACUCUCGACAUGCUUCAAAAUAAAGUUGUUCCAGUGGAAAAAAGGUGAUAAAAUAACUCUCACGAUAAACAUUACUUGUGAAACAAAUAAAAAUUUUACGAAACAUGUUUUAGUUUUAACUGAAAAAAUACUGUCGCUACAUUUCAAGUAUUAAUUGAAUUCAGAGGUGUUUCACUAGGUGAAGAAUGCAAUAUUCUUUAAAUAUAUAGAUAGUGCUAUUUUUUUAAACCGCAGCACUGCUUCAGAUAUGUUAUAAAUCCCAACACUUUAUACAUCCAAAAUCUUUUCAUAACUAAAGAAACGUUUAUCUAGAAACAAAUGUUUGGACAUUUGUCUUCGAUGUUGUGUAAUAUUUUAUGUAACAUUAAUGCUUCUAAAAUAAUUAAAGUAGUCCAGUUAUAUGCAGUAUUACAUUAUUUUGCAUGAUUUGUAGCAUGUUCAUUUUUAAUUUUAAUUUAUUUAUUUUUUUACCCAAUUUUCCUCUCAAUUUGAAAAAGUCAAUUGUAUUAUUUUUAGGCUCAGCUCACUGCUACCACCCCUUGGGAGCAGCAAAGAUGUCUUCCGAAACGUGUGCUGUCAGCCAACCGCUUCUUUUCACUCUACAGUCCCGCCAUGCAGCCACCUCAGAGCUUCAGCGUCGGAGGACAACGCAGCUCUGGGCAGCUUACAGGCUAGCCUGCAGGUGCCAGGCCAGCCUACAGGGUUCGCUGGUGCAUGGUUAGCUGAGGACACCCUGGCCAACCUAUGCCCUCCCCACCCGGGCGACGCUCAGCCAAUUGUGUGCCGCCCCUUGGGAACUCUUGUCCACUGUCAGCAGUGGAAUAGCCUGGACUUGAACUGCCGACCUCCAGGCUAUAGUGCGCAUCCUGCACUCCACGCAGAGUGCCUUUACCGGAUGUGCCACUCGGGAGCCCCCUGUAGCAUGCUCAUUUUACGUAAAAAAAGAAAUAAAAGUUCAAACUUACAGUACACAGCAAAAGUCUAGUCCCUCCGGUACUCUUUCACUGUGUGCCAUCUGAUCCAGCAAUUCGAACCACUCUUGAUACACAGCCAAGCUUUGCAUUUGGUGCACUGCAUCUUUGUUUUCUUGUCCUUGUACGGAUUGUCUUUGUAGGACACUCCCGGGUGUCCGCGACGUUACCACUUAUGUUUUUCAUGACACAAUGCACGCCUAUUGUCUCCCGAAGCAUAAACUGGUUCAAAAGAAUGAUGUGAGCCCAUGUCAGUCAGCUGGUCUUCCAGCAGGGCUGGUUCAAUCUGCCUAUAAUGUACCUGGCAAAAACAUGAUAUCAGCUGCAGUGGCGGCUUGUAACUUUUUUGACAGGUGAGGCACAAAUCACUAAAUAGUUACCACCCCCCUCCCCCACUCAAUGGCUAACAUACUAAAAGUAAAUGUACUUUGUUCAGCUGAUUUCAUAUAUGCCUCUGCUGAGAGCAUUUUAAUGCAUUCAAAUAGACUGUAGUUGCUUUGUAAAAUAUACCCCCAUCAAUUAAAAAAAAAAAGCAGCGUUAGUACUGUAAACAACACAUACAGAAUUAUGAAUACAAGUUUUUAAAAUCAAUUUGCUAAUCAAAUGUAUUAAAUAGUUCCACAAGUCAUUACGUGACACCAGUGUGAAACAUUUACUAUAAAGACACAAAUACAAUAUCACAAAAUCAUUAAAAAAAAAGGCGACUUGGCAUGUUGUGGCAAGAAAUUGACAGUUGUACCAUUGAAAGAGAUGAAACUUUACCUUAUUUAGUUGAAAGAAGGAAACAUGGACAACAAUAUUUUGUCACAGCGCUGCCUGUCGUGUUCGUUUACCGUCUUUCUUCAAAAGCUACAGUGCUAUUCUGCCGUUCUUAACAACUGAACGUCUCUCCUCUUGGGAUCUUACUGUAAAACUUAUUUUCCUCAGGUCGCAUAUAUUAUCCGAUUCGACAAAAGACAUUUUUGAAAAAAAUUAAAUCUCACAAAUUCUAACUGCUCCAAAUCCAGUUGGUGCCUCACCAAGCUGUGAUUACCAUUACCUACCGAAAGGGACCCCAGCCUGGUGAGUUGUCAUGGUAACAAGCAGCUUUGUGAGGCACUCAAGGUUUGUGCCUCAUGCAGCAGUGCGGUAGCAUUGCAUUGUUCCAGCUUUCUGGCGCUUUUGCUACUGGUGAAAGCGAGUUGUGACUUUUAAAUAAUGUCACUAGUGCUUCUGUGGCCUUUUAAUGUGUUUAAUAUGCUCAACUGUGCUUAAAUGUGUUUCUCAAUUUAAAUAAAAAGAAUAUGCAACAUGCUUUUUUAGCCUUUGAAAAUGCUUGGUGAGGCCAUGCCUCGCUUGCCUUGGCUGACGAGCCGCCUCUGAUCAGCUGCAUGAUUUGUGUCGUCCUAGAAAACUUCAAAGUAACAAGCCCUAGAAUUGUGAGGAUUGUGGUCUCGGAAGUUCCCCUCAAUAAUGUAGGCAUUGAAUGCAGCGAGCAGCGAGCAUUGUGCACUUAAAGAUGAUUUAUUUCUGUACUGUUUUUGAUGUCAUCUGCCGUGAUUCAGCUUUGUGCAUUGGUUGUUGAUAUCCAUGCCGUUCAUGUGCCUGGUACGGUGAGGUGUAAAAUCAAUCGCUGUACAGCUGGUAAAACUUGCCAAACAAGGUUCAGUCAUACGUAAACACCCCUAGUUUUUCCCAUAAGACCAGAAUUCUCUCUCUCAGCCCCAGUGUAAAUCUCAAAAUUUUUAAAUGUACCCCAUGUUUGAUUCACAAAGCUGAAAAGAUUUGACCCCAAACUUCACAGGCUUGUCUUUCAUAUACUGUUUGAACCUGAAUGGAUUUUUUUGCUGGAAUCAUUCCCUCAUCAACUGACAGAUCCUAUUCCGUCUGUUCUGCUAAAUUGAUUGGUGUUUCUGUUCAUAUUUAUUGCUAAGGUUUCCCCAAGUAUUGUCACCCCACAAAAGAUAAAAAAAUAUUUGUUACCUUGUCAGAUGAACUCCACACAUCGAGUGAACUCCCAGUCUCCAUGUUGCUUGGGUCAGGAGAACAAAUCUCUUUGCCAGAGAUCCUUAAAUGAAUCCUUGUUGGUGCCAGAAUAUUGACCCUCCUCCAUAAAACCCCUCCCCCGUUUAGUAACAUUGUCCAAUUUUUUCCUGCAUAGCUUGGAUACGGUCUCAUGCUAUAGUUCCACUCUUGCGCUAUUUUCAUUCAUCCUUUUUAUUUUGUUUUUUUGGAAGUGAAAAAAAUAAAAUAAGAAAAGUAUACACUCUGGUUUUCACUUUCUGGCAUUAGCUAGUUAUUCACUUUUGUUUUUCGUAGAAACCACUUUGGGCCGUGCGGUUCCGAUGAUGUAUACCACUUCUGGGGUGGUUAAAGGCUUAUCACCACCCCAGAAGUGGUAUAUAUCAUGGGAACCACAUGGCCUGUUGUGGUUUAUACCUUGCAUAUAUGCUACAAAAUACCAACGCAAGCUGUGGAGGCAGGUGUUUGAUUCCCUUACACCUGAAAGUAUACAACUUGCCAUGCAGAUUGCAGAAGGUUGCAAGAAUACGGCAAAGAUCUAGCUAGAAGCAGCGUGUGACACCAUUGACACUAAUACCAGGGCUGUGGCUAAUGUCAUUUUAGCAAGAAGGUGCCUUUAACUCCUGAUACAGACAAAAAUAAGAGUUACCCUUCCAGGGUGACUUUGCUAUUUGGCUCUGAACUUAAAUAUUCCCUUUCACACAUGAAAGAGGCAAGACAGGCGCUCACAUCUUGCUCUACAGGAAGAGUUGCAUUCCCUGGUAGAGGUUACUUUAAUAGACAGAUGUCGGCCAGACGUCAACCAUUUCACUCAUCCUAUGGAGGGCAGGGCCAUUUCCAAUGAGGUCAAAGCUCCUGAUCACAUGGAUUUUCCUGGUGUUAGAGGGGCAGAGGUAAACCAUCUACUUCUUGACUGUCUUCCCACUUCCUCAUCUUUUCCAGUUGGGAAGAGUCUCCAAUUUUUUAGAAAACUGGCAGCAGAUAACAUCAAAUCCCUGGGUCCUAGGGGUAAUACAACAGGGCUACAAAAUACCUUUCCGACAUUGUGAUGGGGUGCUAGCUCUCCCCUAUAAUUUGUGUUUGUUAUUGUUAUUUUUACUGUUUUCAUUAUGAUUAUUCUUGUUUUGGUUUGGAUCAGCAGGGAGGGGGUUAAAUUCCUCCCUGUAAAAAUGCAUGUGAGAAUGUGGCUGGAGCCUUAAGUGCUUAAUUGGUAAUUAUUAGUUAAUUGGGCUCCAGCCACAGAGUAUAAAAUGCAGGUGAAACCCUUUGUGGAGGAGGGUGUUUUGGAGUGUUUUGUUUUGAAGAGACACAGAGUAAGUGUUGUCUGUAGAAUGAUUUAUUUUGUUCCAGUGUUGGAAACCUUUUGUUUAGUGUGUAUACCUUUUGUUUGGUCCUUGUGCCUUUUUAUUUUGUGUUUUGUCUAUUAAAAUAUUUUGGUUUCACUGCAUUUUCUGCACAGUCUUCCCUCUGCUGCUAUCCUGCCACAGACAUCUACCACCAUCAACAGGUGUCGUUUGGACUUCACUGGACAGGUCAGACCCACGGGGUCUUUCUACAGGAGGUGAUAAAAUCAAUGCUCCUUUCCCUCGCCAUAGAACUGGUCCCUUCAUCUUCUCAAAACUAGGGCCACUACUCCAGAUAUUUCUUAAUUGCCCAAAAGAACAGGAAGCUCAGACCCAUUGUAGACCUCAUUCUAACAGAGAGGUUCAAGAUGGUGUCUCUGCCCAAUGUCAUCAAGGCAGUUCAACCAGGAGAUUGGCUGGUUUCUAUGGACCUCAAAGAUGCCAAUUUCCAUCUUCCAAUACAUCAAAACUACAGAAAAUACCUCCGGUUUGCAAUCAAGGAAUUUCUAUACCAAUUCAAGGUGCUUCCCUUUGGGAUCUCCACAGCCCCCAGGGUAUUCACCAAGGUAAUGGCAGAUGUGGCAGCACAUCUCUGGAGCAUGGGCAUACACGUCUACCCCUACAUAUACUGAUAUGGGCUCCAUCAAAGGAAAGAGCAGUAGAACACAGAGACAAGACACUUCAAGUUUUUCAAAAUCUCAUCGCUGGUUCCAGUACGGUCAUUAAUCUUCCUGGGGGCCCAAUUCAACACAAUUGAUGAGAGGUUGACCACGAUUCAUCAACUGGCAGGUCAGUUCAGCAUAGGUGCCAGACCAACAACAUGAUCCUUUCAGCAGUUUCUAGGGCACAUGGCUGCAGCAGUGUCCCUAGUAAGGGACACAAGAUUACAUAUGAGACACACUCAAAGGGGUCUUCUUUCUUCCUGGAACCCAAUGCUUCCAGAUUCCAGCCACAUAAAGUUUUCUCGAGGAGCGGCAGUAGAAGCAAGAUGGUGGAGUCUCUCACCUCGGGUAAGGAUGGGUCUACAGCUCUAUCCACUACCUCUGACUCUCCGUUUGUAUACAGGUGCCUCCCUACUGGGUUGGGGAGCACACUUAGGGGAAGCUCAGGUACAAGGUACUUGGUCACCAAGACACUGUCAUCUCCACUUAAACCAUCUAGAACUGCUGGCAGUCUUUCUAGCAUUAAGGCACUUUGCACCAGUUUUAAAGCAAAAGAGUGUUUUAAUUCUCACCAUGGAAUCUGUGCAUGCUAGCCAUAAAUAUGGGACUGGUGCAGGACAAGGGACAUAAAUAUCCAAGCAACCUAUCUACCUGGGGUCGACAACAGCAUGGCAAACCUGUUAAGAAGGGAAAUGACACCUCACAAGUGGAAGAUCCAGCCAGAAGUGUUGCACAGGUUUUUCCAGAAUUUAGGUCAACCACAGGUAGACCUAUUUGCUGCAACAGAGACUGCUCAGUUGGCCCUGUUUUGCUCCUGGUUUCAACAGAAGGAAGCAAUGACAACAGACGGUCUGUCCAUUUCAUGGUCAACCACACUGAUGUAUGCCUUCCCUCUACCUCUAAUCCCAGCGGUACUCAGGAAAGUCAAUAUGGACAGGGCCAUUAUCAUUUUAGUAGCCCCUUAAGAGGUUUUGGUUCUCGGAGAUUCUGGAGCUAGCAGAAGCCGGUCCUUUGCAUCUACCAGUAAGGUGCAAUCUGCUGUCUCAGAACAACCCUUCAUGGUUACAACCAACUGCCUGGAGAUUGAACGGCAACAAUUAGUAAGUCAAGGAUUAUCGGAACAAGUAGUCAACAUCUUGCUUGCAUCUAAGAAGAAUUUCGGGGAAAUGGAGAGAAAUUGUUCUUUGGUGUAACGCCAAAUCACUGGAUCACACAGAUAUCUCUCUAGCUACUUUAAACUUACCAUAGCCACUUAUUUCACAAAGGUCUGUCACUAUCAAAGUGCAUGUAGCUGCAAUAUCCAGCAUUUUAGCCGGAUGGGAAAAUCAACCUGUGGGCUCCCAUCCUGCUGUGUCAAGAUUUCUUAAGGGAGUCAACCACUUAAGACCCCUGAAGAGACAUAUCACUCCUCAAUGGAGCCUCAGUCUGGUACUGAAAAAGCUCAUGGGACUACCUUUUGAACCUAUGUCGACAUGUGAGGAGUUUCUUACGUGGAAAACAGCAUUUUUAGUGGCAGUUACAUCAGUCAGAAGGUAAGUGAACUUCAAGCAUUAGUCAUUGAUGCACCCUAUUUCCAGUCAUUUAAGGAAAGGAUUGUCUGCAGGCCUAAUCCCCAAUUUUUGUCAAAAGUGGUAACGUAAUAAUUUUUCCUGAUUUCUGCCCUAAACCCCAUAAAUCAGAAGAGGCCAGACACCACCUAAUUGACAUCCGGAGAGCACUGAAUUUCUUUUAACUCAUAAACCUGUGGCAAACCUAAACAAUCUCCACCUGGAUCUCUUCUUUAUAGAGUUUUGUUAUAGACUGGACAAGAAACGUAUUCCAGGAUCAAUGGGCCCAUUCAGUAAGAGGAGUGGCUACUACAUGGGCAAAUUUAAAAUCGGUUCCCAUUCAGGACAUUUGCAAGGCUGCUACAUGGUCAUCUGUCAAGGCUUUUGCAAAUCAUUAUAACUUGGAUGUGUCUUUUUCUCAACCGACCUUUGCUCAUUCUGUGUUAUCUUAUCUGGCACCAACAUCUGACCUUCCACCCUUGUUUUCUAUUCCUAAGGUUCACUCGGCAUGUGGAGUUCAUCUGACUAGGUAAGAAGACGAAGAUUACCGGUAAUAUGGUUUUUUCGUAGUCGAUGAAGCUCACAGCACACAUGUAUCCCUCCCUCCUUUCCCCUUUUGAAAAAUUGGACAAUGUUACUAAACGGGGGAAGGUUUUUAUGGAGGCGGGACAAUAUUCUGGCACUAACAAAGAUUAAUUUAAGGAUCUCUGGGAAAGAGAUCGAUUUGUUCUCCUGACCCAAGCAACAUGGAGACUGGGAGUUCACUCGAUGUGUGGAGUUCAUCUGACUACGAAGAAACCAUAUUGCAGGUAGUCUUCAUCUUCUUGACUUUUUACUACUUAGCUCUGAGUUGGUUAUUAUUAUUAUUAUUGUAAAUUCACCACAAAUAUCAAUAUUUGUUACUCGCUUUGUAGAUUUUUGUAGUUGUCAAAUCUCUUUCGAUCGCACCCCAGACUUGCCUCAGAAACACUUCAUAUAAACUGCCUGUAAUCUAAAUAAAGAAAAAAAAAAUGUGGCUUCUGGUGUUUAGAGUUACAUAUUUGUUAAAUCAGUUACUUGCUGUUACUUAACAUUUUUUGAUAACCGUUUUAUUUGUUAUGUCUUUCCCUUCUAAAAUAUAUUUUAGUUUUAUGAUUGUUUGUUUGUUUGUUUAUAAUUGUUACUUUUCCUGCAAUGAAGAUAGAUUAAAACCAAUGUGCAGUUUGGAUGAGUGAUGCCAAGUGGUGAAAAUGGACAGCUUUCCAAAAGGGGAAACAUUUUUCCUGUCAUUUCUGCUGGAGGGUAUUGUAAUGUUGACUGUUCUCCCCUCAAUUUCAGGCCAGAUGGACUUGACUUGGGUAUUUAAUAGGAGACAUUUAGAUGUUUAAGCACAAAAACACAUACACCUCAGCGUGGCUUUUAACUGAAUGCUUCCAUACUUCCUACAGCCAUUUGCCAAAUGCUUGGAGGUCACUUAUCUCUUAGGAGACCAAAUACAGUUUGGGCACAGUACUAAUUGUGUUGGAAAGUCUGUUUUUUAUUUUUGAUGUCUUUAUUUUUACCUAGGGAAAAUAACCAGUUUCUUCAAUCCUCUGUGCAAAGUUAUUUAUUAUAGAAAUAUUUUGUUGGUGAAUAUUCUUAACCCUGAUAUUGUAAAGUAUUGUUUCCAAAGGAGGUAUUAAUGGCUGAAGCUAGCCAGUAAAGGCAUGUCUAAAUCUGUACAAAAUAAUAAUAGCAAGUUCAUAUAAGAAUAUAUGUAUUUUUGCCAGGAGGUCAAUGUAAUUUCUCCCUUUUUUGGUGAAUAGGGUUUAUUGGUUAUCAAGUUUAGCUUUAUAAAUGUGCCCCACUUCAGUCCCUGAGAAAUACUAACAUAAUAAAAAAAAGUAUUUUUGUGGAACUUUCUAUGGAACAUAACAAACAACCAUUUGCUUGUAAAAUAGGUGUCAUUCUUUAUCCUUUUUUAUGUUGGAUCCUGCUGUUUGAUACAUUGUUAAAAAAUCAAUCAGAACAUAAUAAAAUAUACAGAUUGGUCUAUUGUAAUCCCUUCUUUUUUGUCUUUUCUUUUAAACCCAUAUGUUGGUUUAAUUCUCCAAUGCUGUUACAGUUCUAAAUGAUAAAGUGGUUCUUGGUGAUACUCAAGGUGAAAGAAUGUAAAUCCACCACACAACUGAAACAAAUAGUUGCUGUAAACCCUUUUAUACCCGCAGCCUAACUAAGACAAUUCAUUUUAGUGAUGAAGGAACAAACGUAAAACUGCAUACAGGACAAUGCACACUUACAGUAUGAGUGUGUGUGGCUUUGCUGCAGCAAUACAUUGUUAGGAUCUCACUCUAGGCCACACAGUAGGUGUUUAGUACUUGCAUUUCAUUUAGUGCACAUCCUCUUUCUUUACCCAAACACAAAACACCAGAGUUUUAUUGUGGCUUAUGAAGACCUAGUGGUCGAAACAUCAUUGUCUUGUUUUGUAAAGUUGAAAUGAUUAAAUACAUUUCUGGACUUUGUCUGA